AUGAGGACUGGAGUUGUGCUGCUGGCCGCGGGGUUGUGUCUGUUGAAUGUCACAUCUUCACUGAAAAUAUGCGCUUUUAAUAUUCAGAGCUAUGGCGAAGCAAAAGCAAACAACCAGAAGGUUAUGGGGAUUCUAAUAAAGAUCCUUUCUCGAUGCGACUUGUGUCUUAUUCAGGAGGUCCGAGACUCUAAAGGAGCAGCAAUACAAACUUUGGUUAAAGAUCUUAACAGCAGAUUGGACAAAUCCAACCCAUACUCCUAUUUGGAAAGUGAAAGGCUGGGCAGGAAAAGCUACAAGGAACAGUAUGUCUACAUUUACAGGAGCAAUGUGUUGAAGGUCAAAGAGGUUUACCAGUAUCCUAAACUGGAUGAAGGGACCAAUGAAACCGAUGUUUUCUCCAGAGAGCCGUUCAUCGUCCGCUUUCACUCCCCCACAACAUUGGUGAAGGAUUUUGUCCUGAUUGGCCAACACACAAGUCCAAAAACUGCCAUGAAGGAGAUUGAUAAACUCUACACAGUCUUCACAGGAAUGUACAAGAAGUGGAAGACUGAUAAUGUGAUGAUCCUGGGGGACCUGAACGCCGGCUGCAGCUAUGUCACCAUCAAGGGCUGGAGAGCCGUCCGCUUGAGGAGUGACCCCCGGUUCCUCUGGCUGAUUGGAGACGACCAAGACACCACUGUCCGAAAGAAGACGCACUGCGCCUACGACAGGAUUGUUGUCCAUGGACGUGAAAUUAUUUCCAGCGUAGUACCAGGUUCGGCUCAACCGUUCAACUUUAAAGAGGAUUUCCAUCUCACUGAGGAGGAGGCUCUUGAGGUGAGUGAUCAUUUUCCAGUAGAAGUCGACCUGAAGCCCAACCACCGCUACCUCCUUCGCCAUGAGCUGUAA